UUCCCCUUAUCCAGCCUGUCUUUCUCUCUCAACUUCAGUCCUGUAAGAGACUGCAGGGAAGAUGAAGCUGGAACUCCUCUGUCUGUUUACUGUUGUGCUUUUAACCCUGACUGAAGGAUACACAGCACUUAACUGCACAGUUAAACCAGGAAUCUGUCCUCAACGGAAGUGGGGGAUAGGACUGUGUGUUGAAUACUGCACUAAAGACACCGACUGUCCCAAUGAAGAGAAAUGCUGCCAUAAUGGCUGUGGCCAUGAGUGCAUGACUCCUUCUACAGUGAAGCGUGGUCGAUGCCCCCUGCCUAAGGGGACCCCCAUGUGUGCGGAGUAUUGCUACCAUGAUGGCGACUGUCCCGGACAGCAGAAGUGCUGCAGGACCACAUGUGGCCAUGCCUGCAGUGAACCCUGCUAAUUAGAUCUGGUUAUCCUGACCAGUGAUGUAACGCUUCAUCACCCAUUGACAUGACCCUGUCAUACAUAGCUAACUUUCCUUCCUAAAACCCAUCUUUCAAUCAUUUAGCUACAACACACUCUUGAAUGUGGAGAUAUAUAUACACUCACUCUUGUUUGUCUCUCAAUAAACUGAGAAACAUCUCUGAA